CAUGGCUAGAACCAAGCAGACCGCUCGCAAAUCCACCGGUGGCAAAGCGCCGCGCAAGCAGCUGGCCACCAAGGCGGCACGGAAGAGCGCGCCGGCCACGGGCGGCGUGAAGAAGCCGCACCGCUACCGGCCUGGCACGGUGGCCCUGCGCGAGAUCCGCCGCUACCAGAAGUCCACGGAGCUGCUGAUCCGCAAGCUGCCGUUCCAGCGGUUGGUGCGCGAGAUCGCGCAGGACUUCAAGACCGACCUGCGCUUCCAGAGCUCGGCCGUCAUGGCGUUGCAGGAGGCGUGCGAGGCCUACCUGGUGGGGCUCUUCGAGGACACCAACCUGUGUGCCAUCCACGCCAAGCGCGUCACCAUCAUGCCCAAGGACAUCCAGCUUGCGCGCCGCAUCCGCGGGGAGAGGAUGUCUGGUCGCGGCAAGGGUGGGAAGGGCCUGGGGAAAGGAGGUGCCAAGCGCCACCGCAAGGUGCUGCGCGAUAACAUCCAGGGGAUUACCAAACCCGCCAUCCGACGCCUAGCUCGGCGUGGCGGGGUGAAGCGCAUCUCCGGCCUCAUCUAUGAGGAGACCCGUGGGGUGCUGAAGGUGUUCCUGGAGAAUGUGAUCCGGGACGCCGUUACCUACACUGAGCACGCCAAGCGCAAGACUGUCACCGCUAUGGACGUGGUCUACGCGCUCAAGCGCCAGGGACGCACUCUGAAUAAGCCCAGAACCAAUUCUGUGGGCGGGGAAGGGCGGGGCAGGCGAGGGAGGCAGCAGUCUAUUGUCCAAUCAAGACGCGAGGGUCCCUAUAUAUAUUGGGACGACUGGCUUGUCUUACUACUGUUAAAUAAUUGGCGCUACCUGUGCAUGGCUCGCACUAAGCAGACCGCUCGCAAGUCCACAGGCGGCAAGGCGCCGCGCAAGCAGCUGGCCACCAAGGCGGCCCGCAAGAGCGCGCCGGCCACGGGUGGCGUGAAGAAGCCGCACCGCUACCGGCCCGGCACGGUGGCCCUGCGCGAGAUCCGCCGCUACCAGAAGUCCACGGAGCUGCUGAUCCGCAAGCUGCCGUUCCAGCGCCUGGUGCGCGAGAUCGCGCAGGACUUCAAGACCGACCUGCGCUUCCAGAGCUCGGCCGUGAUGGCGCUGCAGGAGGCGUGCGAGGCCUACCUGGUGGGGCUCUUCGAGGAUACCAACUUGUGUGCCAUCCACGCCAAGCGCGUCACCAUCAUGCCCAAGGACAUCCAGCUCGCCCGUCGCAUCCGCGGGGAAAGAGCUUAA